CACCUCUGAUCCUCGUGGACCUCGAGAGAUCCAUGAUUCAGAUUCAGCUUUUACUCAAGGAGCGUCAGGAGGGAGAUGGAUGCCUCGAUUGUAGGAGAAAGCACGGAUGCGAUAGUGAUGGAUGAUUCUCCCACAGAUGAGAGGGGGGUCCAGGAGGCUCGUCAAAGCGAGAUCCCGGUGGUUUCUCUGUGCCCUCCUGACAGCGUCUGCUCUGCCGAGGCCCCGCUGACAGUCAUCCAUUCUGAGGGGGAGCUGUGCGACAGCUGCAGCAGCCUCGGCAGACCCUCAUCCUCCUGCCAGCUCUAUCAAGUACCACAGCGUCUUAGAGCCGGCUCCUAUGACUCACCACAGGGGCCGUGCCACGACUGUCACUCCAACACCACAGGUCCCGGUGCUGAAGGUGUGGUGGUGAAAGUGGGACACAGCUGCAGCUCUGCUCAUCAGACGUCAGGUCGCGGCGCCGUCAGAUGCCACUGGCUGCACGGCUCAAAUGAUGGCGGCACGCAGAAGCCAACACAGCGACAUGUAGUGACAGUGAGGGAUGGAGGACUCUACUGCUUCCUCAGAAAUUAUUCCCAGGCGAUAGUGGACUACCCGUUGGCAGUGUUGGUUGGUUGUGCUGUGCUGCUGCUGGGAUGCUCAUUGGCAGGACUUUUCAUUGGUCCACUGCCAGACUUCUCUGACCCACUGCUGGGUUUCGAGCCGCGGGGAACCUAUAUCGGAGUCCGUCAGUCCAGCUUGUCCAAGCUGCAGGAGAACACUGGCCCGGGGAAAUCUCUGUCUCCUUUGCCUCAGCAGCUCAGUAAAAGUUUUGGGGCCGAUGUUGAUGGAGGCAGCAGCGGUGGACAAGACACGUCCAGACUUCGCUUCAAGAGGAUGUUAGCCAGAGACUCGUCCCCGGACACCUUCCCCUGUGAUGCUCCAGGCGAGCGUUUGGCCCAGCUGGUGUUCAGAUCAGAAAACUCAGCCAGUCUCUGGAGCCUGAAGGCCAUCCACGCCAUGUGCGAGAUGGAGCAGUCCAGGAUUCGUUCCCAAGCUCAGUUCCAGGACCUGUGCCAGCAGCAUGUGAGGGUGGAGGCUGAGGGAACAUCCAGGAGUGGCUGUUGUCCGAGCUGGUCUCUGGGAAAUUACUUGGCUGUCCUCACAAAUGCUUCCUGCUGUCUCAGCCUCACCUCACACCAGGUUUCUGAGUCUCUGAACCUGCUACGGAAGUGUGCUCCGCACUAUCAUGAAGGACAUCUGGUGGAAGUCUGUGUCGACAGACCCAAACACGGCGGCUGUUCCUCCGUCCCAUCUCGCUGCAAACAGUCUCGCAUGGUGUUCCAGAUCCUGCACUUUCUGGUCGAUAAAGACUUCCUUGGCCCGCAGACUGUUGAAUACCAAAUCCCAACGCUAAAGUACAGCCUUCUGUUCUUACCCGUCAACAAAGGGGAGCACAUGAUGGAGAUCUACAUGAAAAGCCUUGAAGGCAGGGAUCUGACCCACAAUAACAUCACAAUCACUGGCAUGGACUUUGGCAUCAAGCAGACGCUGUUCAAGCAUUACCUUGCAAGAGAUUCAGUAUAUCCUGUCCUAGCUGUUGUCUGCCUUCUUCUUACCAUGGCUCUAUAUCUCCACUCGCUCUUCAUAGUAGCGUUAUCUAUCAUAGCAAUCAUAGGCUCCCUCCUAACGUCUUAUUUCUUCUACAAAGUAGUAUUUCGCCUGACUUUCUUUCCCCUGGUCAACCUCUCUGCAGCUCUUAUCCUCUUAGGAAGUUGCUCAAAUCAGGUUUUUAUCUUUGCUGAUUUCUGGCAAAUGCAGCUGUCCCAGAACCCUCCUGCCUCCCUGGAGAAGAGAGUGCACAGAGCUUUGCAGGAAGUCGGCUAUUUGAUUUUAGCAUCCGGUUUGACCUCCACCGCAGCCUUUUUCUCCGGCUAUCUCAGCAGCAUCACAGCAAUCAGAUGUUUCUCUGUUUAUCUCGGAACUGCCUCUUUCAUCAGCUCCCUCCUGUCCCUGGUGUGGCUGCCUUGCUCCUUCGUUCUGCGGGAGCGCUACACAAAGGCAUCCCCUGCUUCUCUAUCAGUGCAGGGAUGGAAACCAUGCUGCUCCAAAAAUCCUGGCGGCUUCUGGGAAACGAGCUCACGUAAGAGAUGCCUCUUCAAUCUUGGCCAGAAGCUAAGGGAAUUGCGACGAGGGCUCGCAGACACUUCAAAUUUGUUAUUCCUGAAAAUCUUACCUUGUGGAGUGGUGAAGUUCAGGUACAUCUGGGUGUGCUGGUUUGCAGUGCUUGCUGCUGGGGGCACAUACAUGUCCUGCAUUGAUCCAGGCAUGAAGCUGCCCACCUUAGAAAGCAAGGUCACCCAGCUUUUCCGCUCCAGUCACCCAUUUGAGAGGUACGACGCAGAGUACCGCCACAUGUUUAUGUUUCAGAGACAGAAAAAUGGUGAGGAUAAGCCUGUAACAUUAACACUUGUUUGGGGGGUCAAACCAACAGAUAACGGGGAUCACUUUGACCCUAAUAGCAAUGGCUCUAUGGUGCUUGACCCAGACUUUAAUAUGAGCCGACCAGAAGCUCAGAUCUGGUUAAGAGACCUGUGUGGAAGGGUCCAGAACCAAAGCUUUUAUUCCUCUCCAUCACCUGAGGGUAGAAAUGAAAUGACAGACAAUAUCUGUCUCGUGGAGCAGCUUAUUCACUGGGUGUCCGUCAGACGGUGCUCAGAGAGUGACCACGCCCUUAAUUUAUCCAGCAAAGACAUCCCUUUCCCCUACCCUCCCAGCGUUUUUGAGAACUGCCUCAGUAUGAUGCUGGCAGAGAGGUAUGCCGAGGGCCAUCUGGCCCACAGCGGAGGCCUGUACUUCCAGACAGAUGGCAGGGUCGCUGCCCUCGUGUUGGCAUUCACGACCACAUACCUCUACAGCUUCAACUAUAGCAGAACCAGUGUUUUUUACAGAGAAAUCCUGACGUGGUUUAACAGAGAAAUAUCAGGAGCACCACAGGGGCUGGACAAUGUCUGGUUCAUCAGUCAGCUGUCUCUUUAUGAUCUACAACAGUCCUUAAGCUCAGAGACUCUGGUAGUCGCUGGCUUUUCAGUAGCUCUCACUUUUGUUUUGCUUUUUCUAACCACCUGGAAUAUCCCACUGAGCAUUUACGGGACUGUAGCUGUGGGAGGCAGUGUGUUCGUAACAGUCGGCCUCCUGGUUCUCCUCGAAUGGCAGCUGAGUGGCAUCGAGGCUCUGUUUAUAUCAUCGGCAGCAGGACUGUCUGUCGACUUUGUAGCUGACUACUGCAUAUCGUAUAGUUUGGCUCCUCAUUCGGACAAAAUUGGGAAAGUGGCGCACUCCACCAAACGAAUGGGACGUCCUGUAGCAAUAGUGUCUGGUGCAUUCUUCUCCAUGGGGAUCAUCAUGUUACCUGCCACGGCCUUGCUUUUCAGAAAACUGGGGAUUUUCCUGUUUUUGGUGAAAUGUGUAGCUUGUGGAUUUGCGACGUUCUUUUUUCAGUCCCUGUGCUGCUUUUUUGGACCUAAAACAAACUGUGGGAAGAUCUCUCUGCCGUGUUUUUCAGAUCAGACUGAUGGGCUGCCCUCGGCAACAGAACUUGGUUCCUCCUCUGCAGCAAACGGAGCCUUUGGCAGAUCUAGAGUGAGGAGGAGUUACGAUAAAGAAGCAGGUGGCUAUCUCUACCCCAACCAGCAGCGUCAGCACAGACAGAAAGAGACAGGAGGAGGAGGGGGCAGAGGUCCGGAGCAGUACGAGCUGCAGCCCCUGGCUUACAGGCUGAGCGACAGCUUUGAGAACAGCACCUGCACCAGUAAACUGUCCAACCGGCCCUCAGUGCUCUCUGAUGAGAUUGAGUAUUGUGACCGAGAUGCGGGAAGAAACAGCAUGGAUGGGGAGAGUGACGAGACGUGCGGUCGUCAGCCACCUUCAGCCUUCCAGACUUCAUCACCAUACAAAGAAAACUCCCUGCAGCCUGGAGGGUUGCCACAAGAGGACCUCGCUAAGGACAAGCUGCUGUGUAAGACAUGCAGAGGUCAGUCUGGUGGGGUGACACACUGGGGCAAUACAUCCUUCUCCUCAUCUUCCAGCAUACAGGAGACUAUAAUCAGCCACACACUGGAGACCACUGACCAGCCAUCUUUCUGCAAAGAUGAACAAACCUCAGAGGAGUGUCUCCACUACCCCUCCCAGUCCCAGAGCUCCUGUGAGGGUCUGGAGGAUUCCUGUGAAACAUGCCUCAGUGACAUCGAGCCCGGGCCUUCGAACAUGCAGCAACACGAAGAAGAUGCUCAGUUACAACCAGGAUACCUGAACGGAAAGAGAGAUACGCUUCGUCUCUCACUGAGGGAGACUGUUUAUGAAACGUGUAAUAAGGGCCGCAGCAGUCAGAGUGAAGAAGUGGUUAUUUUACCCAACAGUAAGCCAGACUUACCAGAUGUGUGGAUAAAGAGAGGUGGAAAACGGGAGGAUACAUGUUGAGCAAAGUUGGAGGCAUCUUUACAAAGGUUGUGCAUUAAUAUAGAAAUUAAAAAAGGAGUGUACACUGUUACUUUUGUAAAACAUUCAAAGGAAAUAUAAGCCAACUGCAAAUGUAACAUGUGACAGAUUUUUUCAUCUAAGAUUUUCAGUUUUUGCUACAAAUGGUCAAAGCAUGAGUGUUUCUUCUGUCAAAUCAAAGCAUGGCUUGCUCAUCGCGGCAUUUCCAGAAAGACAAAUGGUCUUUUCUGCUCCAUUUUCACACUAAUGUCUCUCUACAGUAGCCACAGUGUGUUGUCAACAUGAGUACUGCACCUGCUGCUGCAGAAUUUACUUAGUGCCUGGAAACUUUUAACACCUGCACACUCAGCACACACUGGGUUUUCAACAAAUAACAGUGUCAUCUGUGUGCACCUGCUGGCCUUUCUCCGUGGCGGAACUGACCUAAAUAAGCCAUAAAUUCCUGGACUUAAUAAAAGAUAAAUGUACAGCAGAGAAAGAGGUGCAUUACUGUAUGUGAGACUGUGGACAAAGAAUCAAUCAUCAUCACAUGUAGAGUAGCAAACAAAUGUCACUAAACAUUUGGCUGAUUUUGCACUUUGUGACAAUAAUGUACAGAAGGUCCUUUGUUAAAAAUGAAGCAGGAACGUGUCAUGACGCCAUGGCUUGGAUUAAAUGUUUGACUGUCAAGUUAAGUCUGUUAUUUCAUGUCAGUGCCAAAAUAUUUAAUGUUUACUUCCUGUACUGAUUAUAAAGGCAACAAUGGUUUCAGAGGCUGUUUUCAGACAUGCAGGAAAGCUCGGACAUUUUGCUGAAAGUUGCCGUCAGUUCCUCCAGACAUUUUCAAGAAAAUAUCUGAGUGAGUCUAUGUAAGAAAACGACAGGAAAAUGUCUGGAGAAUUCACCGCGAGUGAGUGGGCGCGUUCCGUUUCUAACGUGCAACAGACCCAAAAUGGAAAAAAAACAAAAAGAAUAUAAAUAUCGCAGAUAACACGCCUCACCUGAAUAUUCCAAACAUUUUCCUGUUGUUGUGAAUUCAUCUGACCCGGACAAUCUCCGGCUGCAUUCUUCACAUGUGGUAUUAUACACUGUUGGUGAAUUAAGGUGCAUACUGUUCCUAGAUCUGUGGAUGUCAGCACUUGCCUUAGCCUUUGUAAUGAAGCAGGGGUGGGCUCUAACUUCAAUUUCCAAUGCAGUAGCUGUACAAUUACAUACAACUGCUGCUUGAAAAACAUAAUUUGUACAUAAACCUUGCUGCAGCACUGUUAGAGAACAGAAUGCCUUUAUCUACAUCAGCAUCUGAGAUGUCACAUUACACAAGUCUCAAUACCAUUAAAUAAGGGUAUUUAUUACAUGAGCAGCAUGUGCCAAAUGUCUAUAAACAGGUUGUUUUAUAAGCUAAAACAAAUGUCUGUGAUUUGUGCAAAAGAUGUCUUUCUAAAAUAAUAAGAUGUGUCUAUGAUAGUAAAUAUGAUGUUUAGUGUAAAAGUGGUGUUGGAGGUGCAGUGUAGUUCC